CCCAUAUCCUUGCAGGUCCCCCACACCAUUCCAAUGCCUGUAAGUAGGCUGUAGCGCCUCGCCUCGUCCAGUGUGUCGCCCCUGAUUCCUCAGAUCAACGUGUUCUCGUAAACUCCAUUCAUGCUCGUCGACGAAUUAAUUCCAAGAUCCUCCACGUCGCCACACUACGAACAUCAACUCACGCGUCCGCAAUGAACGGCUACCACACAGCAGCGCGUAAUAGCUACCCGCCUCAAGAACAGCAUUACGAUGAUCCGGAAGAAAACUCAUGGCACGGCGGUGGAGGUGGUGGUGGUGGUGGAGCAGGAUAUGCGCGGCCGCGAUUCAAUCCGGAUGCACCCACGACCUCGCUCGACCCAAUGUCGCUGCACCUGCUAGUAGAACAGGCAAUCUUCGACAGCACGUCGUUUGCGGUGCUAUCGUACGAGGAAGUCGAAGCGCUCAAGAAGGAGUACUCGGAGCUCACGAAGCGCAUCGACGUAACGGCGAACAAGCUAGCGCGGGAGUCGAAAGUGCGCGACGCGCUGCUGUCGUUCGCGCGGCUGUCGGCGAAGCGUGGGCAGCCGCGCGAGGACCCGGAGCUGGAGGCCGGGAAGAAGAAGUGCGAUGAGCUGGGUGCUGAGCUGGAGAAGUAUAAGCAGCGCGCUGCCGAGGUGCGCGAGAGGCUGUUGAUGCAUUCCGCCGGGAUCCUGUGCUUGACGCAUAAGGAGGGCACGGCGUCGCAGCGUGCGAGUAUGGAGUACACGCUUGCGCACGGUGUGGCGGAUCCAACCGCCUUUGACGAUCCGCACUUGUACAGGACGGCGGAUAAGUUGGACGGUUUUGGGGAGGGGGUGACGAGAGGUUUUCAUGGCGCGGAAAGUGCGGGUGCGACGACGAAGAAGCCGGUGGAGGACGAGUUUGUGGUUGAGAGGUUGGAGGACUUCAAUAUGCGCAUCCAUGAGCUGCUGCAGUCCACUGGCGGCGGAUCUCCGCGGCCGCCGUUGAGGGGACAAGACGGCGAGAAUAAGAUCCACGAGCAGCUCGCGCUGCUGGACCAAAAUAUCCAGUACAUCCGGGACCAUCCACCAGCGGCGCCGGGGGCCAGUCGCGCGGCGGAAGAGUUUGAGCGCACUGAGACCUUGCUGAUGACGCUGUGGGACAUGAUCAUGGCGUCGGAGGAAGAUGCGCGGGAGCAGAAGAUGGAUCGGGGGAAAGGAUACGAAAGCGACGACGAACGAGAGGCAUCCCCGGAAUACUCGAUCUCAGUAUUUUCGUCGAAAGUCCAGAGCAUGCUAAAUAAACUCAACAACCUCCGUAACGAACGCGAUACACUGAAGGACCGUUCACAUCAGCAGGACUCCGAUAUGGAUGAGGAUAUGAAGUUGAUGCAGGAGGAUCUGAAAAAUAUGGCAGGCCAGGUUAACCAGCUGUCGAUGCUGCUCGAGCAACGCGACGACGCCCUUGUUGCGGCAAAUACGAAGAUUGAGGCGCUGACGGAAGAGCUGACCGGCUUGCAAACCGCAUUGAUGGAGUCGGAAACUGUGGCUAAACAGACGUCCGAUGAGCUUGAGGAGUCGCGAACCGCGUUCAGUAAGAAGAGCGCCGAAUUUAUGGAUGCAAUGCAUCAACUAGAUAUGGAGCGGUCGCAGGACAAGCAGAAAGCGAUGCAGGCGAACCAAGGGUUCCAGCAGGAGCACAAUGCGUUGGCGAUCGCGAACGAGGCGAGGGUGGAAAUGGAGAGCCAGCUGGAGGAGCUUGAUCGGAAACUGGUCGCACGAGAGGAGGCCAUGGUCGAGCUCGAAAUCAAGUAUCAGGACAUCAAAGAGGACCGCGAUCUCACCAAGGCCGAACUCGAGGCGCUCACAGCCGAGAACGAUGGCAAGCUGACGCAGCUCGACCUUGAGAUUGUCGCGCUUAAGGAGGAGGUCCUCCAGGCCACUGCAAAAGCGCAGGAAGCAUCUGCGCAGCAGGAAAACGCCCUCCGGCUACAGCUGGAGGAGAAAGCAAACGAGAUCAAGCGGAUGGACGGGGAGCUCGAAGAGAUGUCGCGCAAAGUCGCGGAGCUGUCGACGGAAGUGGUCAUGGCGAAAGCCGAGCUCGAUAUCGCCUACGGCUCGAAAUCCGAGCGCGCCGCCGCCACCGCCCAAGCCAGAGCCGCCGCUCUGGCUCUGGAAAAGGCGAACAAGCAGCCGCAAACCAUCGACCCAGGCCUUCUCGCCGAGAUCGAGAACCUCGAGCGAAAGAACAACGAGCUGAUCGACGAGAUUGUCAGGCUCAAGAACGAGCGCGCUGAAGGCGCCAAUAACGCGCACCUGGAGAAGCGAUGUAAGGUGCUGCAGAAGGAGCUCGACGACAUGCUCAAGGACUUUGAGAACUUGACCAAGCAAGGGAUUGAGGCGGAGAAGGAGAGGUCGAGGCUGGAGUCGACCAUCGACUCGUUGAAGGAACGAGUUGACGGGCUCGAGACUGCGGUGGCCGAGGAGAAGAUUGGAAUCCUCGGGGUGCAGUCAAAUGGUCCUCGUUCUGCGGACCCUAGAGCAAGGACUGGUGAUAGCACCACGCUCAUUGUGCUCAGACAGGAGUUCAAGAAGAUGAUGCGGGAUAUGAGGACUGAGCAGGCGAAGGCACUAAAGGCUGAACGUGAGGAACGCAGGGAGCUCGAGGCGCAGAUACGGAGUAUGAAGAAGGAGCAAAUCACAAAGAGGAUGACGCCGCCCGUAAACUCGCUGGUGUAAUGGUAGUCCGGAGUGCCCCCUUGUUGGGAGUAAUAUUGCAUUAUGAUAGUAAUCGGAGUUUGGGCUGCUUUUUUCCCCUGCUUUUGUCAUAGAUAUCAUAUUCCCCUUGUCGUUUGGAGCAUCGCAUCGCAGGAUUGAUUUGGAUAAAAUG